GCGUGGGUAGUCUGGCUGGGUGCUGGAUACCGCUUCGCACAGCCUCUUGCUCGAGAUCCCGUCGAGCAGACGGCAUCGGCAGAUGCCGUUCUUGGCUUCGUACCCGGACCCUCUGCCCAAUGGCGACCUCCAGCCGCUUUGCGUCAUUUGGCGCUACUUUUCACGGCCGCAGAGGAAAGACAGAGGACGGAUGCAGACUUCGCAAGCCCUUUCCCAAAGAAUGGAGAGGGUCCUUUGAAAUUCAUCGCGGUUUCCAAUGAGUUGACUGUGAUGAACCGAGAUGCAUUUAGGUCGGGCGUCUUAAAGAGGUUCGCUGACUGGACGGCUGAGUUCGGGAAACAGGAACGCCUUUGCCGCUGGGGUGCUGGGGCCCUGCGCUCCCUGCAGGCAUCAGUGUUGGUGGCAGCCAAGCGGCACCUGGUGCAGUUGGGCUGA